CGCCCACCGUCCUCAUUCCUUUCUCCCUCUCCCUUCCCCUCCUCCUCCCCCACACACCCAACCCCACCUCCAUGGCUGUUGCUUAUCGUGCACCGCUCUGUUUAUCGUGCGCCUCUCCCAUGGCGAAGGAUCCCAUAGCCCCCGUCUCGCCCUUUAGAGAAGAGGGCCUUAUCCAGAGGGUUCGAAACCCCUCGGCGCUUUCGGCCAUCUCCAUGACGAAGAGAAGGCGGAGGAGGAGGCCGAGCGCGAUCAGCGGGAAGAUCUUCUGCCUCUUCUACGACGCCCCUGAGGCCAUCACUGCAUGUGCCUGGAAUGAUCAUGUUCUGGCCAGUGAUAUACCUGUUCUUGUGGAGUUUUGGGCGUCAUGGUGUGGACCUUGCAGGAUGGUCCACCGUGUGAUUGAUGAAAUAGCACGGGAUUAUGCUGGAAGAAUCAAAUGUUAUAAGCUAAACACGGAUGACUAUCCACAAGUUGCAGUUUCUCAUAACGUCCACCGAAUUCCAACAGUUUUGCUGUUCAAGGAUGGGGAGAUGCUCAACAGCAUGACUGGUACCCUUCCCAUGUCUGUUUAUGUAACAGCCAUUGAAAAAUCUUUAUCUCACUAGGGAAGCAACCAUUCUGAUGGUGGAGCUCCAUCAUUGGGUUCAAUGUGGAUUGGAAAUCUCAUUGGUCAGAGGCAGGAUUCUACCGGAUGAUUGCUUCUUAUAUACUUUUCUUGUAUUACUUCAAUUGACGGCAUUGUAAAAUAUUUAUUGGAUUACCGUUUGUUGAUGUAUUCACUUGUGCUUCACGAAUUAAUGUAAUACAGGGCUAUUUUUUGAAUACCUUGAGAAAUAUUGUAUACAAUAAUCUCACAAUUCAUAUCCAAGUUGUUUUCUUUCUCAUGCUUCCA